AUGUGCACCAUCCACCGAGCAAAAGUGGCCAUUACAGCUAUAUUCAUCAUUUCGUUUCUCUUUCACCUUUCCAAGUGCUUUGAAUAUGCUCCUCAUAUGGACCACACCAUCCCGAAACCAGUUGAUAUGCAACCCUUGGCUAACAACAAAAUCUACGACAGUCUUAUGCAUGUCUUAAACAUUGCUGUUGCCGUCUUUAUCCCUGAAGUAUCUCUCUUUAUCCUCAACACCUUACUUAUCUACUCUUUGGUGCAACACAACCGUAGCAUGCGGCAUAUCAAAGACAAGGGCCGACAGGAAUUGCUGCAACUAACCCUUGUUGUUAUCACAAUGGUCUCCGUGUUCAUGAUCUGCCACUCUAUUGGACUCUAUCUAGCUAUAAACAUAGCUAUUUACUCUCGCAAACAGGUUCUUUUUACAGUAAUAGUAACUCCUUUGAGCAUUAUUACCAUCUUUCUAUCUCCUGAAAACUGGUUGCCCUUUCUCAUUAUCUUCUCUGUAACUCCUUUGUCAUACAUUACCACUUCUAUCUCCCUGAAACUGUUCUUUUGGAAUCCCAUAACUCCUUAUGUUAGGCAUUAUUACCAUCUUCUAUCUCUGAAAAUCAUUAUCUUCCUCCCCAGUACAUGUCCUAUCUCCCUGAAAACUGUUCUUUUGUUGCCCUUUCUCAUUAUCUUUCCUCCCAGUAACUCCUCAUGUCAUAGUAGCAGUAUUCCUUCUAUCUCCACUGUUCUUUUAUUUGCCCUUUUUCAUUAUUCCUCCCAUAACUCCUUAUGUCAUGGGUCAGUAUUACCAAUCUCCCUGAAAACUGUUCUUUUUGUUGCCCUUUCUCAUUAUCUUUCCCUCCCAGUAAUCAUAGUAGCAGUAUUACCAUUUCUAUCUCCUGAAAAACUUUCUUUUGUUGCCCUUUCUCAUUAUCUUCCCCUCCCAGUAACUCCAUGUCAUAAUAGCAGUAUUACCAUCCCUCCUGAAAACUGUCUUUUCCUUCCCUUAUGUCAUAAGCAUUAUUACCAUCUUUUUUCCCUGAAAAACUGUUCUUUUUGUUGCCCUUUUCUCAUUAUCUUUCCUCCCAGUAACUCCUUAUGGUAG